UGAUAUUUCCCCAGUCAUUGGGGAAAAAGAAAAUCCAGUCCAGAGAUUGUGCAAAAAAGGAAAUCAUCAUGGAAAUGGAAACUAUCAAUCUUCACGCAUAUUUUACCUUUCUUCUUCUAUGUUAUUGUUGCACGUUGUGGUGUGGUGUGACUCCUUGCCAUGGCCAAUUCUGAUCUCUCAUUGCUUUUGCCAAGGGUUCUCAUUGUUUCUCGAAGAACUGUCCGCAAGAACAAAUUUGUAAAUUUUGUUGGUGAGUAUCAUCUGGAUCUCAUUGUAAAAUAUGGAGCUGUCCCUGUCAUUGUCCCAAGAGUUAGUGGACUUGAUACUCUCUUAGAAAGCUUUGAGCCUAUCCAUGGAGUUCUUCUUUGUGAAGGUGAAGACAUUGAUCCUUCUCAUUAUGAGGCAGAACUGUCUGGACUUUCACUUGAUGAGAUUGAGAACAUCAGGAACCUUCACCCGAGUGAUACCACCAUUGACAAAGAGAAAGACUCCAUUGAGCUAAGGCUUGCAAAGCUCUGCCUUGAAAGGAAUAUACCUUUUUUAGGUAUAUGCAGGGGGUCUCAAAUCCUCAACGUUUCAUGUGGGGGCACACUUUACCAAGAUAUAGACAAAGAGAUAUCGGUGAAAUGCCCCGAGUCUCAGAGAGUAGUUCAUAUGAACUAUGGAAAUUAUGAUGGACAUCGUCAUUCGAUGAACGUAGUAGCAAACACCCCCUUGCAUGAUUGGUUUAAGGACUCUUUUGAAGAUGAGAAAAUGGAGAUCAUGGUGAAUAGUUACCACCAUCAGGGUGUGAAGAGACUGGCACAGAGAUUUGUUCCAAUGGCAUAUGCUCUGGAUGGUUUGGUUGAAGGAUUUUAUGAUCCAAAUUCUUAUAAUCCUCAAGAUGGAAAGUUCAUUAUGGGGCUUCAAUUCCAUCCAGAGAGAAUGAGAAACCCAGACAGUGAUGAAUUUGAUUAUCCUGGAUGUAGCAUGGCUUAUCAGGAAUUUGUGAAGGCUGUCAUCGCAUAUGAGAAAAGACUUAAGGGCUCAGAAUUUAUCCCAAGGGCCACAAAGCUAAGUGAGGAACUGGAGCUAAAGAGAAGAGUCAUUGUGAAAAGCUUCUCAAUCGCUAAAGACAUUUACAAGUCUGAUUCUCAAAUGGUUACAGGCCAAAGUUCUGAACUUGAAGCAGGAGCAAACUUUCUACAGGCAACUACUGCUCUGAGUUUGCAGCAGGAGAAAAGGCUAAAACAGGUUGGUGCAACAGUCAGAAAUGGUUCAUAUUAUACACACGUGCUAAAAGUGAAUCAGGUGAGGGAGAAGCUUGCUAGGACUAUGAUGGCAAAUAUGUCCAUAGAACAUUUAUCUGAAUUAAUGUCCUUCUACGGAUUAAUGCGUCAGAUAUGUUCCGACACAUUGGAGAGGAAGAUGAAUGAACUAGUUCAGGAAGGGAGUUGAUUUUCUCGAUUAAUAACCCUGAAAGGCACACUUUCGUAGCAUUUUAAUUUCUUAGAAGUUAUUAUAGAGUUUUCCACCAAAUAUCCAAACACACUAUGCAAUAUGAGAGAAUUAUAAGUGUGAAGAAGUCUUUACUUUUUUUUUUUUGGCUUAUUAGCACUUUUGGUCCCCCAGGUUUCACAUUUGUGCAAACGAGGUCCCUUAAGUUUAAAUAUAGCGUUUUAGUACCUCCACGUUUAUCUCCGUCAACAGUUUUAGUCCCUCAGCGCAUUUCCGUCCAAAAGUUAACGUUUUUUGCUGACGUGUAUAAUUUUUAAUUGAUGUGGACACCCAUUAGGAGAGAGGACUCAUAAGACACACCAUGUGAGGUGCACAUGCUCCCUCUUCUUCACCACUACCCAGAAACAUCAUCUUCUUCAACCCAACCUAAGCAAAUCAACCCAGAUUUAUGCCUCUUUUCUCUUCUCUCUUGUGUGUUCAAACUUCAAAGUGAAAGAGAGGAAGAUGAUGCUGUGUUUGGGGUCCUGUUUUUGUUAUGGUUUGAAGUGCAAAAUCAAUUAUCAAUUAUCAAUCACAAUUGAAAGUGAGAUAUCAGAUUGGAACAUGAAUGUGAUGACACCAUCAACUCGUGAAAUCAUGUCUCUUGUGCUUUGAGAAAGAAAGAGCAAAAAUCCCCUUAAAAAUCAAACCUUUCUCCCUCUCCAUUCUCCACACCACCAUCAGACCUUUCUCCCUCUCCAUUUUUCACACCACCUAUCUCCCUCUUCAAUGUGGAAAGGUUCCUCCCUUCUUAUUUAUGGCAUCGGAUUCGAAGAGAGGAAAGCAAGAUCUACCUCAAAGUUCCUUCCUUUCUGAAAAAAGAGGUCGCCGGAGUUGACGGUGGCAGCGGCGGUGUGGCCAAAGGGGAAACUGGUUAGUGGGUUUUUUUACGGACAGGAUGGUGGUUUCAAUGGUGGUGGUCUCGUGAUGAAAGGACACGGGAGUUCGCUGGAAAACGUCGUCGGAGUUUUCACCGGGAAACUCGUCGGAAAUCACCUCUACGGUGGAGCACGGCGGGGGACGACGAGAGC